AUGAAACUCAGGGGACAUAAGCAAAAGAACAUCCUCCUCCAAGAAUCCGUAAAACGCUACCGGAUCUUUGGAAACACCUUUUCACUGAUCGGUGUCGGAAUACCUACGAUCUCUACUUGCGAGCCUGAGAAUAUUAAAUGCGUGUUAUCUCUUAAGUUUUCUGAUUAUGAAAUCAACGCCCUUAGGAAAACAGCCUUCCAUGGUGUUUUUGGUCAAGGGAUAUUCACCACAGAUGGUCCUCAGUGGGAACACUCAAGAACUAUGCUCCGGCCAAAUUUCAACCGCGCUCAGGUUGCCGAGCUGGCUAUUUUUGAAGCACAUAUACAGAACCUCAUCCAAGUGGUCCCCACCGAUGGAUCUACCGUUGACCUCCAGCCGCUGUUCUUUGAUCUUACUGCAGACACCGCAACUGAGUUUUUGUUCGGAGAAUCAGCAAACACUCUUCAUAAGAACUUCAAACCCUCUACUGAAGAAAAUUUCGCUGAAGCCUUCACCUACUGUACGACAGAAAUUGGCAACUCCCUAAGGGUGGGCCUCCUCGACAGAUAUUUCAAGACCGACAAGCGCUUUGAAAGGGAUCGGAAACUGAUUCACGACUUUGCGGACCGGUAUGUGAAGAAGGCGCUUGAGAAUCACGCGAAUGAAAAAUACGGAAGCGGCACUCUUCCCGAAAAGGGCCGCUACGUAUUUCUGCAAGAACUAGCGAAACAGACUCAAGAUCCCAUUGCUCUUCGUUCCGAAACACUAAACAUCUUGCUUGCCGGUCGCGACACCACCGCCAGUCUCUUAGCGAAUGUCUGGAACAUAAUCCCCAAACGCCCAGACGUGCUGAAGAAACUCCGUGCAGAGGUCGACCAACUCGCUUGCGCAGAAACCUGGAUGAACCAACACACCGCAGCUCCCUUAGCGAAAUACUGGUUUACUAACAACCCACUUUUUGGUGGCAUUCCAGGUCUCCGACUCUGGCCCGUUGUCCCAAACAACGCACGUGCGGCCAUUCGCGAUACCGUCCUCCCACUUGGUGGUGGGCCGGACGGCAAAUCACCGGUUUUUGUCAAAAAGGGAACGACGCUCGCUUACAGCGUCUACGCCAUGCACAGACGCCAGGACAUCUACGGGCCCGACGCUGCUGAAUUCCGACCUGAGCGAUGGGAAACUAUCAGACCUGGCUGGGAGUAUUUGCCAUUUAAUGGUGGACCGAGGAUUUGUCUUGGCCAACAAUUCGCCCUCACAGAAGCUUCGUACACUACAGUUCGGCUCAUGCAACAUUUCCGCACGAUUGAAUCGCGCGACCCAGAACCGUGGACUGAAUGGGUCACCAUUACAUGUGCUAGCCACCAUGGUGCUAAAGUUUCGCUGAAGCCAUGA